AGUAGGCGGUCAUACUGGUCAUUAAAAUAAAUAAAAUUAUACUAAAAAACAGUAGUUAGCAGAGUCAGCAAGCACGUAAUAAAAUUAUAAGAUGUUGAAUGGACAGAUUGCACACAGUUAUCUGGAGAACUCGUGCACGCUGCUGAUACCCCGCCCGCCUGCCGCUAGCCAGUCCUUAAAGUCGUCCCAGCCAGCAGCAGCUGCUGCUGCUUCUUCUUCCGCUGGCGAGGAGCAUGGUCAGAAUGCGGGGUCGGUGGUGGCAGGAGCGGGAGGCGCGGAGGCGUUGCAUGUGGAUCGCAUAAGAAACUGCGAUAUAUUCGUGGACGCGCACGAUCUUUACUUCUACGCAGACGUCAAGCUGUACAAAUUCCACAGCCGCCGCACUUUCGACCUGCGGGAGCUGAAGACGCUGCUGAUAAAGUACAACACGACGGAGAAUCACUACCAGAUCUGCCUGCGCUGUCUGCCGCCUACAGCAGGCGCCCAGGAAGGAUCAGGGGGCGAAAGAGGAGGCGGCGGUGGUACGGGCGAUGCUCCCAAGCCGAAGAGCGGGCGCAAGGACUACAUCGCCACAUUCCUGCACCUGCCAACGCUGGCCGACGCCACCAGUGCCCAUUUGCCGGACAAAGAGCCCCUGGUCCAGGAAUGGAAACUCAAACGCAUCACCGAUCAGUGCCAACUGCAGCUCGACGGCCACGAGCGUACCUACAAGCUGACAAACCACUUUGGCUACGGCUUCGCUAGCAAAUACAGCGGUCCGCUGGACACGAGUGAGGUGGACAGAGCCACAUGUCGUGUGGCGGAGCCGCAUCGCAUGAGCCCGAUCCAAAGGCGACAGGAGCGCGUGGUCGACGAGAUGAAGCGCUUUUCGCGCGAACAGUACAAAAUCAAUUUUGUGGAGCUACAGGUUCCGUCCGGUCACCAAAAUCCUCUACGCUAUAAGCCGAAAAUCUACGAAACUUCCAUGACCCAGGAGCAGGCGCAUCUGCUGCACAACAUCAGCCGGGAGCAGCAGCGGGAGCAGCAACCUUGCGACAUUCUGCGCCAGAACGAGAUCGAUUGUGGGUUAAUCAGCAUUCUGCUGGCCAUAUGCUAUGACGUGCGGACGACCAACAACGAGGCGACGUGCGAAUCUGGAUGGACACGCAGCAUCCUCUGUCCGCUGUACUGCUACUUUGAGCAGUUCGACAACUACCGCGACGUGCUGGUGGCCUUCCUUCGGCGCAUGAUCACCUACCCGCUGUACCGCAAUUUUGAGCUGGGCCGCCAAUGUGUACGGGACGCCAUCGAAGUGCUGAAGGGCGGUCGUAACUGGCUAAUCAACCAGCUGCUGCUGACGCACCAGCAGUUCAGCAGCGGGGAGCCCAGUCGUGAUAGCUUCAACACCUAUUAUUUGGAGGACUACAUUCGAUAUGUGACCAGUCCGAGCGCCUGCAGCGAUGAGCACAUGCGCCUGCUGGCCCGGAACCUUAAGAACGUGCUGAUGGACGUGAACAAGCAACAUUUGGGCCUGGGCGUGACCGAGAUUGAGACUGAGCUAAUCAAGGAGCUGAUGCAGGAGAUGCGCAUUGAAACCGGCAGCGAGGGCUCCUCGCCGCAGCAACAGGGCCAUGGCGAUGAUGAGCUGGACCUGGAUAACGACACGUCCGGGCAGGAGGACGAGACUACGACUGAUGAUGACAGUGUCAUAACCGACUCCUUCGACAGUAUGGACAUGGACAUGCGAUUGAUCGAGAACGAAAUUGUAUAUGAGGAUGACGAGGAGGACGAAGAGGACGAUGACGAUGAUGAGGAUGGGGAAGGGGCGGACGAGGAUGACGACGACAGCAGCUCCUCCACCACAACCAGCAGCGAGGCGGAAGGCAACAGCGUCAUCGAGCAGUGCAGCAACAGCGAGACCGCUGCCAGCAUUAGCACCAGCACCAAGUAAUAAGUCAGUUAUUCCCUUUCCGGCAAGUCCUGCUCCUGCCUUGCCCAAAACAAACAAGCAACACAACCAACUUAAUGUCAAAGAACGGAGGCUAAACAGUGAUUACUUUUAAAAUUAAAACAAAAAGUAAAAUACAAAAACAAAACCAAGCAAAGCAAAUGUACAUUUACACAGAAAACCCAAAAAAUCUACUUAAAUCUUACUUGUACAAUAAUUUUAUGAGAUGCAAACUCAAAGAUUUGUUCACGCCAAAUGCGAAAAGAUAUUUAAAUAUUUUUUCCCCUUUGCUCUACAAUAACUUCGAUUAUAACUACACAUACAAGUAAAUCAGAACUUUAGCAUUUAGUGUGGCAUUAGAGUACGAAACAUUUGAAUUUUGAAUUCUGAAAAGCGAAAUCUAGUUGUGCAUUUUGUAUAUACA